AUGUGCGGCUUUUUGGGCGCAGCGCGCCUGGCAGUGGAUGCGCUGUCACCGGGUGAGCUGGCGACGCUGCUGUGGUCGCUGUCGCGGCUCGGCCACGCCCCCGACCUGGCCUUCAUGGAUGCGUGGUACCGUGCUGCAGCGGCAAGGGCCGCGGCAUUUGGCCCAGGGGAGCUGGCCCUCGCGCUGCAUGCGCUGGGCGCGCUGCGGCCGGGGGUGGGCGUACCGGGCUCGGUGCCGGGGCGCUUCGUGCGCGAGGUGUUGCCGGCGGCACGGCGGAUCUUAGGGGCGUGCAGCGGCGCGCAGCUGGCGCAGACGCUGUGGGGCCUGGCGGAGCUCCGGCUGUGGCCCGGUCAGCCCUGGCUGGAGGACUGGCUGGCAGCUGAGCCUGUCAGCCUUGGUGGCAGCGCGCUCGCCGAGCAGGCGGCGGCGCAGGCGCGAGGCACCGGCGCCUACACGCGCGCCCCCGCGUACAAGCGGUUCUGGCGGCGGCCUCACCCCCUGGAGGCGUUUGUUGACGCUGCCCUGGCGCUGCUGGCUCGUGAGGGCCGCGGCUCCCUCAUGGACUGCGGCCCUGGGGACGCGACUCUGCCCACCAGGGGCUCUUCUGCGGGGCGUGUGGCGAUCGUGAGCAACCUGCGAAACGCCGCAGGCGUCGCGCCAAACGCGGUGCUGCAGGUGCUGCGGGCGGCGCUGUGGCUGCCGCAGGGCGCGGCCUUUGUGUUGGUCUACGAGGACGGCAGCACAGACGCUACGCGCCGCUGGCUGGCGCUGCUGCAGCUGCUGCUCACGCCGGUGGGCGUGCCCUUCAAAUUCACGCUGGACGGCGGCCUGGCGCGGCGCCCCCAGGAGCCCCGCAUCGCCCACCUGGCUCGCAUACGCAAUGCGCUGGUGGACCCGCUCUUCCCGCCGCCGAGCGUUGAGCGCGCGCUCUGCAGCCGCCCGCGGGCGCAAGGGCACCGCCAGGCCGACAGCAGCGCCAUCAGCGCCAGCGCCAGCGCUAGCGCCAGCGUUGCCGCAGCGUCACGCGGCGCCUUGCUCGCCACUUCGGUCCCUGCCGCCUGCUUCCGCCCCGACGCGCUGCUGUUUAUCAACGACGUCUUCUUCUGCCGGGACGAUGCCCUGCGCCUGAUGCUGCAUGAUGCAGACCUGGCGUGCGGCUUUGAUAGCUAA